AUGCCGCUUCUCCGGCAAAGUCAGGCUGCUCGACCGGAUAUCGAACUGGUGCAGGUGGGUUUCCCCGACUAUUCUGAAUGUCACACAGUCAUCGACGUCUUCUCCCGUCCCCCGAGGGGCACCUUCCGAGGUCCGACGCAGGAUGAAAGGCGUACGGGCGCCCUCCAGAAGCCACACCUCGUUCCGGGCCACAUCGGCGGCGUCGCCCAACGCCAUGGCAGCCGGGCCCAACCCGAGCCUGUGGUCGUCCGUGGCGUACAAGCAUCUGUGCCUGAGAUCCCUCCAGAUAUCUUGGUUGAUGCGGGUCGGCAAGAUUCUUGGGAGAAACCAUUUGGCCAGCUGCCUCAUGCUCUCCAGAUCGUUCGCAAGGCCAUCGCCUCGGGCACAGCUCUCAAGUCUCUCGUAGAGCAGCGCCGCCGCCACGGCGUGCCAGAAACUUUUCUGAGAAUUUUCAAGGAGCUUGACGUAAGUUCCUUGGACCAGGUUCCACAUCGCCCUCCCCUGCGUCGCGCUUGA